AUGAGUUCAUGUGAACUCGAAACGUCGAAAGAAAAUAAAUUUAUUGAAACCGCUGUAAAAACAACUUCUACUGAUUUAUCCUUGGUCAUUUCUCGAUAUAAUUUUGUAACGUAUCUCCGGCGGUAUUAUGACCACUCAGUUCUUCCAUUAUUUCGAUCUUUUAUUGAUCAAAACCUUUGUCUUAUGAAAUUAGAACUUGAUUUACAGUUUCUUAAAACAUGCAAAGCUGAAAAUCUUAAACCGAAAUUUACGCAUAUCAAAGUUGCCUCCCAACAUUUCAAAUCAUCUGAAUCUUAUACAAAAUGUCAACAACUUAUAAUUCAAUCAGAAAUCAAAUUAAAGAAAAACUGCCUGAGUCAUACACACAGAUUUGUUAAAAGAUUAAAACAAAAUUUAAAACAAGCUGUUAAUCCAUCUGAUUUUCAAUCAUUGUUGGCUAUCACACAAUCUAUACAAAAUGAUAAAAAUCAUAUUCAAUUAAUAGCCGACAUCGAACUUCUCUAUGCAAGAUUAUACAAAAUUCAACCACAAUGUGACGAAUGGGAAACAAUUAUAGAGCCGCCCCCAUUACAAUUAAAUAAUCAACAGCUUCAAUCUGCAACAAAAUUUCGAGCCUUAUGUGAUAAUUUCAGACAUCACACUACAAAACAUCUCACGAAAUCAGACAACAACAUUCGAAAAUAUAUUGCUGCACUAAAAACAUUAGCAAAUGACCAUACAAUAGUGAUUACCAAACCAGAUAAAUCUAAAGGAGUUGUUAUCAUGGACAAGGUCGACUAUAUUAACAAAAUGAACAAUAUACUAUCCGAUUCAACAAAAUUCAAAAAAUUAGAUCAUGAUCCCACAAUACAAAAAGAAGAUAAAUUAACACGUUACUUAUUAAAGCUACAUAAAGAAGGAUUAAUUAGUGAAUCUGAUUACAAAGCAGCAAGGCCAUACUUGAUGUAG